CCCCGCCCCCAGCUCAAGGGGGCCCUACCAUCAAUCAAACCCGGACCCCGCCCCCUUGACCGGAAGUCCCGCCCCCAUCUGGAGUAUUACUUCCAGGGUCAAGACUGCCACGUGACCGGAAGCAAGGUAUGUCAUGUGACCCCUCUAACAACUCCUCCCACUGCCCUCUACCAAUCAGGAGAGGUUUCGCCCCUGUAGGACUUCCCCUCAAGAGGAGAUUUGACCAAUCAGGGUGAGUUCCGGGGCGGGGUGUCCUCUCCGGAAGUGGGUCUUGUGACCCCUCUAACAACUCCUACUCCCACCCUCUACCAAUCAGGAUGGAUUUCGCCCUUGUAGGACUUCCCCCAAGAGGAGCUUUGACUAAUCAGGGCGAGUUCCGGGGUAGGGGUGACCCACCCGGAAGUGGGUCUUGUGACCCCUCUAAUGACUCCGCCCCCAACCCUCUACCAAUCAAGAGGGGUUUCGCCCCUGUAGGACCUCCCCAAGAGGAGAUUUGACCAAUCAGGAUGAGUUCCGGGGUGGGGUGACCCGACCAGAAACGAUUCGCGUGUGACCCCUCUAAUGACUCCUCCCACCGACCUCUACCAAUCAGGCCACCCGGAGACCAGAUUUGACCAAAACAGGGCACGUUCGGGGACGGGGUGAACCGCCCAGAAGAGGGGCGUGUGACCCCUCUGCCAAUCAGAGUGCAGCACCAUCACCCCAUAAGUCCCAGCGUCGGGCGGAAGAGGCUGUCUUUUACCAAGAGCGCGUGUUUUACAAAUCGUGGAAACAUGGACUCCUUCACCACCCCCGUGAGAACUUCGGACUUUGUUUUAGCCCCGAGGACUUUUGGACUUGUAUGGAGAAAGCGCUACAUCAGCGAGAGUUCUGAGGAGGACCCUUUGGCCCAGCCGUUGAUGGACACACCGGAAACCGACCCCGAAACCUGGCUGCUUGUGAGGCACCGCGAUGAGCGUGAUGGCCUCUUGUUGUCCACCCCCCGAGAGGUGGAAGGUGAUCAUGGCUUGGGGGAGUUACGGGCGAACAAGGUGAAUGAAAAAGACGUGGCUCAGCUCGAUGAUGCCUUUCUGGAGGCCUUUGAGAACUUACACAUUGGUAGCCCUGUGGGAGUAAAUGUAUCAUGCAUCAGCUGUUUUUGCUCAUGUCUGAGACACAGAUCUCAAGAGGAAAAGGACAAAAUGGAAGAAUGAACCAGCACAGACACCCUCAUGUUAGGAGUCAUGGCGUCCAUUUUUACAGGCGGUUGUAAAAGGUUGUGUUAAACCAGGCGAUUAAUAAAACUUAUUUAAAUGUGUUCAUAUGAAUGUUGUCCCCCACCCUCACUUGUGUUAGUAAAAGAUGGUACCAGUAACAGUCAUGUCUCCACAGGCGUCUCUGUUAAAGAAAAUAUAUUACACCCCUGGGGAAGUUGGGAGCUUUGGCAGGGUGAACCCUCUUUUUCAAGUGGCCAAAAAGCAUAGUAAAACUUUAAAUAGAAGACAAGUAACAGCUUGGCUUUCAGACCAGGAUGCUUAUACUUUACACAAACUGGCUCGAAUACGUUUUAAAAGAAACAAGACCAUUGUUUCGGAUGUGGAUGCACAAUGGCAGGCAGAUUUGGUGGAUAUGCACCAGUUCUCCAAACACAACAGCAAUUUUAAGUACAUCUUAACAGUGGUAGACAUUCUAUCCAAACAUGCCUGGGCCUUAGGCCUAAGGGACAAGACGAGCGGGGAGGUAACCAAGGCCUUUAAAGCUAUUUUUAGCGAAGGGUGCGUGCCUCAAAAAUUACAAACCGAUUGGGGGAAAGAAUUUUUAAAUAAACCCUUAAGCAGAUUGUUAAAGGGGGAUGGCGUUCACCAUUUUGUUACUAAUAAUGAAGUCAAAGCAGGGGUCGUGGAGUGAUUUAACAGCACUUUAAAAACUAGGAUGUGGAGAUAUUUUACAGCCAAUAACACCUUUCGCUACAUCGAUGUGUUACCUGACUUUAUAAAGAGUUACAACCAGAGCUUUCACAGAACUAUACAUACCAGACCCGCUGAUGUUAACCCUUCAAAUUCUCUGAAGGUAUGGAAAAUGGUUUAUGGCGAUGGUUUUAAAAUAAAACCGGUUGUUGCCCCUUUUAGAAAAGGCGACCACGUGAGACUAUCUAAAACCAAAGGAGCUUUUGAAAAAGGUUAUGAACAGACAUUUACCGAUGAGAUAUUCAUAGUGGAUGAAGCCUUAACCAGGGGUCAGAGACCUGUAUACCCAUUAAAAGACUGUGAGGGUGAGACAGUUACUGGAUCUUUUUACCCUGAAGAAUUACAAAAAGUAAACCCCAAACGAGACAGGAUUUACAGGAUUGAAAAAGUUCUAGCGGAGAAAGGAAAAGGGAGAAAAAAGCAACUACUGGUGAAAUGGUUGGAGUGGCUGAUAAGUUUAACAGCUGGGUGAAAGCUUCUCAACUCUGUGACAUUUAGACACAAACAAACAAAAGUUAUUCCUCCCCUCAAAGACAGAGAAGAUGAGCGACGGCGGGUUUUACCUUACUUUGCCCAGCAACGCCAGCUCUGCAGUUUUUCCCCAAAACACCAGCUCGAACUUUACAAUACGGCUAAUUAAGCGCUUGGAUCUCCGGGGUCCCUGGGAGGUGUGGUUAGUGGAAAUACAAUACCCGCACAGCUGGAACACUAUCAACGAAGACACCCCUUUUGAAGUCACCUUUGGAGAUAUGGCAUGGAGUUUCAUCCUACGACGAGGUUAUUACGCGUCCAUACCCGAAUUACUGGAUCAUAUGAACAGUAUCAUAGCUCGUCACCCCGGACCGCCUGAGAUGAUCAUGAACUACGACCCUGUGGGUAGAAAAAUUAGACUUAAAUCCGCCGCUUUUACUUAUAUGUUUUCUACCAGCGGGGAGCUAGCUAACAUUCUGGGCUUGGGCCCCAAACACAGCGUCCAAAAAUUCCCUUUCUCGGCAGACAUUACAGGGGGUUUUAAUUCCUUGUAUCUGUACACGGAUAUCGUAGAACAUCAGUUUGUGGGGGACUUUUCUGUUCCCCGUUACGUUGUGUCCCCGUCCAAGGAAGGAACAACGAGUUUGUCAAACACCACAUCGACACCAUUACCAUUGAAAUAAAGACAGAUCAGAACAAAAGCGUCUCAUUUCGCUUUGGCAAGGUGAUCAUCAAGCUACACCUGCGCCCCCGGAGAGAGCGAGUUUUCUAAAAAAGCAAAACAGUAUUAUGGCGAUCCUAAAAAAUUACGGUGACCCCAACGUCUACAGAAACUAUUACAAAGCCCAGGCGGGAUACGCUCUUCCCGGAUAUCAUGGGGCCCCCGUGAUGUAUGGGGCAGGCGUGCGUGGAAUAUUCCGUAGCCUCUUUCAAAAAGCCAUACCACUUUUGAGGAGGGGGCUAGAGAUUAUUAAACCCCACGUAAAAACCGCCGCUCAAAACAUAGCUAAAGACGUGGUAGUCAUGUCUCCCGCGCUGUUCUGGAGAAGGUGGGGAACACAGCUUCACAAGAAGGAUCGGGGCUGAUGUACAUUAAAAGGAGGAAGAAGAGAAAGAGAAAUGCGUCAUACCUGCGACGCGCAGGUCCCCCAAAACCCUUUAAAAGAAGGGCUUUGACCCGCAGGGUUGGCCAUAAGCGAAAGUCCAAGAGGAAGCCUGGGCGAAAGAGGAAACACUCACCGGCUGAUACGAGAGAUAUAUUUUAAUCAACAUGGCUUUCGUUCACUGCGGGUCUGAAGAAUGCACCAAAUCCGAACUAGACUUGUUCCAAAUAGCCCCUACGCAGACCAGCACUGAGAAAAGCAUCUACAUCGAGGUGCCACCUCUGUCGGCCGUUACGGAGUCUGCCCCCCGUUGACUUUUUUAUAGCAGGGAAUGGCGUAGAUUAUAUGGAUUUAAACAACAUACUGCUGUACCUGUGUUGCAAGAUUGUAAAAGGAGACAGAACUGAGCUCGACGCGGACGCAGAGGUGGGCCUGGUGAAUUACCCAGUGGCCUCUAUUUUUAGUCAGCUGGAUGUCACGCUCGGAGACCGCCUUGUAAGCCAAAGCAACAACUGUUACCCUUACAGGGCCUUUAUAGAAUCGGUGCUCAGUUACAGCAACGACACCCUCACCAUGCAAUUUUCCGCUGGCCUCUUUUACAAAGACACUGCCGGACAACAGGAAGACACAGACUUGGAUGGCGAGAAUCUAGGGUUUGUGAGGCGUGCAAAGCUGACCGCUCAAAGCAGAACAGUAGAGCUUCUGGGUCAUCUACACAGCGACCUGUUUUUUUCAAGAAAAACUAUUGUUGAACGGAGUGGAUGUGAAAAUUAAACUGACGCAUGGGCAGCGGAACCGAAGGCUUUAAACUACGCAUUCUAUCAGCAUCCCUUUUUGUGAACAAAGUAUGGGUGGCCCCGAGCGUUCGUCUGGGGCAUGCCGAGGCCCUGCUUACCGUUAAUGCCAAAUACGCCGUGGACCGUGUGGGAAUGAAAGUGUUUAGCAUCCCUGCGGGCAGCAGGGUCAGUAACCAGGAGAACCUGUUCUUGGGACAGUUACCCAAAAUGCUUGUCCUGGGGUUCGUGGAUAACGAUGCCUUAAGCGGAAAUUACGCUAAAAAUCCCUUUCAUUUUAAGCAUUACGAUAUUAAUUUUGUGGCCUUGUAUGUGGACGGUGAGCAGAUACCGACCAAGCCUCUGCAACCAGACUUCGAGGCAGGACGCUGCGUGAAAGAAUACAUGAAUCUGGCACAGACGGCCGGUAAACACAUGAAAGAUCGUUCUCUGUUAAUCGACCGUGAGGAGUUUGCACAGGGUUACACCAUGUUUGCCUUUGACCUGUCCCCCGACCAGGAAUGCGCUGAUCACUAUUUCCUGAUUAAAACCGGGAACCUAAGAGCAGAAAUUCGUUUUGGGAAGGCUUUAACCAUUACCGUCAAUAUGAUCGUGUGUGGGGUUUUUGACAACGUCAUAGAGAUAAAUCAGAGGAGAAAUGUUCUGUUUGACUACAUGUGAACAUGGACACCGUGCAGCUCUCACGUGUCUUAUCAACGGACCCUUACACAAAAAAGAAUUUCUUAGAUGUGUUUCCCUGCGAUUGGCUCCCUGGCAGCAAGCUGUCUCAGAGACCCCUAGGUUUGGUGGUCAACACGCAUCCACACAACCGACCGGGUGAACACUGGCUUGCCGUGUAUCUGGUGGAGCGUAACCUUGGAGAGUUUUUUUUACUCAUACGGGCAUCCCCCAACAGUGUGUUCUUUCCUAAAAGCACUAUGAAAUUUUUAAACAAAAAUGCCACAGACAUGGUGUUUCACAACAGACAAUUACAAGACCCCAGCUCCGUUGCCUGCGGCUAUCACUGCGUGUUUUUCUUACACCAUCGUAGCAAGGGUUUAUCUUUUGACCGGAUUUUAAAAUUGUAUUCUAAUGACUUAGUGCAAAACGACCGGAUGGUGAUGAAUUUUGUAAAAAAUAAAUUUAAAUACUUGGCCAUGCCUAGUCUUGCUCAAAGCAUGUUUCAACAAGCCCAGACAUGCGUAUCUUGCAACGCUUUUCAUAGUC